UAUUUUCUUCUUCAUGGCUACAUGUUCUGCCACAGAAAGCAACUACUGCUCUAUUGUUGCUGCCACAAUGCUACUUCUCUUUGGACUGCUAAUGGCUAUGCUAGACGUAACAGGGGCACAAACUGGUGUUUGCUAUGGACUGAAUGGGAAUAAUUUACCAUCUUCACAAGAAGUCGUGGAUCUUUACAAAUCCCAAAACAUCCAAAGAAUGAGACUCUAUGCUCCGACCCAAGAAGCUCUCCAGGCCCUCAUUGGCUCCAACAUUGAACUUAUGUUGGGUGUCCCAAAUGAAGACCUUCAAGGAAUUUCUAGUAGCAAUUCCAUUGCAAAUGACUGGGUACAGAAGAAUAUUGUUGCCUACUCCCCUGGUGUCAAAUUCGCGUACAUUGUUGUCGGCAAUGAAAUUAGCCCCAUCAAUGACAAAGCUCAGUAUGCUAUCUACGUUCUCCCCGCGAUGCAAAACAUUCUUGCUGCAAUUUUAGCAUCUGGCUUACAAAUUAAAGUCUCCACAUCUGUUGAUACAGGACUCCUUGGCGAAUCCUUCCCUCCAGCCCUAGGUCAAUUCAGAGACGACGUGAUAUCGUAUAUACGCCCAAUUAUUUCAUUCCUUGACCAAAAUGGGGCGCCAUUGCUAGCAAAUGUGUAUCCUUACUUCAGUUACAAGGCUAAUACUGGUUCCAUCGACCUUUCGUAUGCCCUCUUUACUUCCUCAUCAAUUAUAGUACAAGAUCCGUAUAGUGGCCUUGGAUACCAAAACCUGUUCAAUGCCAUUGUUGAUGCUCUCCACUUUGCUCUUGACAAAGCAGAUGGUGUCAAUGUUGGAAUUGUUGUAUCGGAGACUGGUUGGCCAACGGCUGGAGGUACCUCAACAACAGUAGAAAAUGCAGAGACUUAUAACAACAAUCUUAUUCAACAUGUGAAGAUUGGAACACCAAGGAAGCAUGGGCCUUUGGAGACUUAUGUGUUUGCUAUGUUUGAUGAGAAUGAAAAGAGUCCUGAGGAAGAGAUGCACUGGGGGCUAUUCACUCCAGAUAAACAAGCAAAAUACCCAAUCAGCUUCUCCUAAAUGUGU